AGGCUUGUCUCCCUGCCUUUCUUCCUCCUGGUUGACUAGACAUGUGAUUAGCAUUGCUGUCUGCUAUUUAGUUUGCCCUGCAGUCAGUCUGGUCUGCCUUCAGAGGAAAUACUGCCUGCAGGCUACUCUGUCAACACCAAGCGCAGCACCAGGCAGCCUGCCAGCUCACAGGCAUCAACUUCAUAACUAUGCCUGGCACCACAACAGGCAAGAAGCUGGAUCUCUCCAAGCUCACAGACGAGGAGGCCAAGCAUGUUUGGGAAGUCGUCCAGCGAGACUUUGACUUGAGGAAGAAGGAAGAGGACAGACUUGGGGAGCUAAAGACCAAGAUUGAAAAAGAAGACACCAAGAGAGAGCUGCUGGGCAACCAGACCAGCCUGACUGAGUCACACUGUAUUCGAUGUCUCCAGCCCUUCAAGUUCCUGGUCAACAGCAAGCGUCAGUGUCUGGACUGCCAGCUGUACAUAUGCAAGUCCUGCAGUCUUUACAACAAGAAGGAGCAGGGCUGGGUGUGCGAUCCCUGUCGCAUGACCAGGAUCCUCAAGAUUGGUACUUUGGAGUGGUACCAUGAAAAUGUCCGUGCCCGCUUUAAGCGCUUCGGCAGUGCCAAGGUGAUGAGAUCUCUUUUCAAGAGGUUGAGUGGAGAACCCAGUUGCUCCCAGAAUGACCUUGAAGAGCCUCAUGAAUACGAUACACAGAGCAUACCGGAGGUCCAUGCAGAUGGGUAUGAGGAGAACAGUAUGGACACAACGGAUUCACAAUACUACAAGGGGAUGAAAAAGGCCAAAAGGCGGCUAACUGUCGAUCCCUUUGAUUUUGAACCGGGCUUUGACAACUUCAUCUAUUCAAGAGGACGGCCAAACCAGGCCCCAGUCUCCCAUAACAUCAUGGACAUGGAUGUAGGUGAGAGGGAGUCAAUGCUUGCUGAGGCCGAUAUGGCCUCUGUUUUCCACCAGAUUUUGGAGGAGCAACGCAAAGGUCUGCAUCUGGGAAUGGCUCCACAGCAAGAUAACCUUGCAUACCCAGACAACCAACCUACUCCAUCUCACUCCAUCUCCCAACUCAGUUACUCCUCAUGUGGCAGUGGAAGUGCUUGGGGCCCCCGGGGCAGCAGCAGCUAUCUGCCCGGCCCCGAUGACCUAGAGGAAGAUGACCACUGCCAGCACUACCCUCUCUACCAGUCUCAUCUGGGCCACUGCAGCCACACCUCCCAGGAGAGCCUGAACUCACCAAAACCUUCGCCACAGAUCACUGACCUGAACAGACGCAUGUCAGCCAUUGAGACCCUCUUGAACCACUUAGAGCAGAAGGUCACCUCAACGUACAAUGAGACCAGUCAGGCUCCUCUGACUCCAAACAGCACCUCUCCUCUUCCUCAGUGGGAGGAAGUGGACUUAGAAGAGCAGCAACUGAGACAGAAGCUGCACGAAAUGACAGACAACAUCAGUGACCACGGCCUAACCUCUGAUGAGGACGAGCCCAGCAGACCACACUCCUCCCAAGAAAUCCCAGCAUGGAGGGGCCCACAGGGAGAUGCAAAGCCCACCAAAAUACCUACCAGGCCCUCAUCCAGAACAAGCAUUGUUCUCUGCAGACUUGAGGAGGAGCAACCUCGGCUGACUGACUCUCAGAAGUCAACAGAGAGCCUGGAAAGGAAGUUGCACCCUCUAGAGGAGGGAUCAAAGGCAAGCUUUAAAGGCUCAACAGCCUUACUGGUUGAGCUGGAGGACCAGGUAGCCCAGGCAGCUGCCAACGUCCAGAACGCCCAGAGUGAGGUCUCUUACAUAGAGAACAGGAUUGCUGCCCUGAAUGCUGCCGGCAUGCCAGUGGAUAAAAGAAGGUCUGCGAUCCCGAUCCAAGCAAGAAGACUUUCCCACAACUUUCCCACAAGCCAGGUGGACAGGUUUGUGAGGAACUCCCUCUACAGGGGCUCCCUGACUCAGAGGAACCCAGUGGCCAAGCCCAAGACCAGGGCUACCUGUGCGAAACCAGUAAUGACGCAGGGCUCAUGAGGAGGAGGCUGAGCAUUAUAUGACUGAUGAGUUUUUCUGGUGACAACAUUUAUUACAGUUUGUCAUAAACUGCAAUUGGAAUGAAAGAGAUUCAGAGAUUGUCAGCUGGGAUGGGAGUGCUUACAUUUAUAUUUAAAAUGUUUCUGUGUUAUUUUAUUGGGAUAGAUCCAUACCCUAUUGAUAUUAUAUGCUGGAGUGAUACAUGAUAUGCACUAACUUUGCUAGAUAUAAAUCUUAGUUUGCACUUAUGAUUUGCAUACAUUAACAUCCAAGUUAAUGUGUUCACCUUAAAGGGAAAGUUCUGAUUUUUUGAAGUGGGGUUGUAUAGGUCACUUAUCUAUUGACAGUAUAUUACAUACAGUAGAUGUCAGUCAGCACCCCCAGUUUAGAUAAGCAGGCUGGAGUCCGACAUGAAAGCUAAGCAAUGUACUGCUGCAGAGGAGUCAGAAACAAAACAUAUUUUAGCUGCCUAAAAAAAUCCCACCUAAUAAAAACAAUAUCAGUUUAAAUGUACACUAUAUUUAAAAUAUCUUCCCUACUUUACUUUAAUGUCAGACGGUAACGGGAAUAUGAGGCCAUUAUAUCACUGUCUUCAAAGCCAGCCAAAACAGUCAUUUAACAUUGCUGAACACAGGAGCUGCUGGUCUACUGCUGUUUCAGUCAGUUAGCUAGUUUGUGCUAUUGUGUGACUUUGGUGUUCAGAGGGGUUAGUUCAGAUUCGCCAAAGUCAAACAAUAAGACAAAUUGACUGAUGCAGGCAGUGGUAGAUCAGAAGCUCCCGAGUUCAGCGAGCUAAAAAUACUGUUUUUCUUGAUAGAGUCUGGUGGCUUUGAAAGUAUUUAACUGAAGCCGCUGACAGUUUCCCCAUCAGAGCAGGCUGUCUGACAGAAAAGUAAAGCAGUAAAAACAUUCUCAAUAUAGCGUACACCUAAACGGAUAAUGAUUUUUUGAGGUGGGAGUUUUUUUAAGGUGAUGUUAAGGUGACCCCCAUCCACAUAGCAUCCAUGUUGGACUCCAGUCUGCUUCUCCAAACUGGGCAUAUGCUAACUGAAAAUACACUGACUAUGGAUAAGUACCCCAUACAACACCACUUCAAAAAAUCUGAACUCUCCCUUUAAUGUGCAAACGCAUAUGCAUUUGCAGUUGUAAUCUGAAGUCCAUAGGUAUUUAUUCUAAUAUUCACAUGGUACAAAUGAAAACAUAAAACUUAAUGAAAUUGUUUCCAGAUUAAAGCAACAUGUUGAAUUGUGCUAUUUGUAGCCAUUCAGAAUACAGUGCAAUAAGAAACUACAAAUCUGUUUGAAAUACUUUUACAUUUCUUUUUCUUUUCUUAUUUUAAACAUUUUGUGAUGUUUUGUUAAUAUCUUCAGAAAUAGUUGUGAGGCUAAAUUAUCUGCAUCAUUUGAAUGAUAUCAUAGUUAGUACAGCAAGUUUCAUAAUGGCUAGUUAAAGUUAUAGUGAUGUAUAUGAAUCAAAUAAAUAUAGACAUCAAUGCACAUUCCUUGUGAAUACUAUGGCACAAUAUCAAAAUGGCAUUUAUGUUCAACUUUGACUUGUGUAAUCUUUUCUUCUCUCUCAUAUUCAUGUCAUAAAAGCUUAAAUGAUUUUUUUUUUUUUUAUUAUUGUCACCAGUGAUUUAAAUAGGAACUAUUUGAAAGUUACUGGUGCACAAUACACAUUUAUAAAUGUUUAUGUUGUCAAUGAUAAAGGAAUAGCCAUAUUUUUGAUUUGAAGAUGGUUUAAUGAUUUCCAUUAGCUGUUUGCACAUACAAAUGGAUGACAAACUAAAGAAAAAACCUAAAUUAAUGAAGAGCAGAGAAACACACAAAUGCAGGAGCUUCCAUGCAGGUUACAAAGAGUCACUAAAUGACAGUGAUAUAAAUCAUAUGGCCUUUGCAGUCACAGGAUUUCCUGGAAUUAGUCACACAUCUGUAGAUGUUUAACAUUGUAUUCUCUUUUAUUCUAUUUUCAGUUAAAGCCUCACUUUCAUUAUAUGUGUAAUUCUAAUUAUGCAGUUACAUCGUUUGUCUCAUUAGUAUAAUUAAAUUAUUUACAAACUUAACUGACACUGGCAUUUUUUUUCUUUUUAAUAACUAAUGUAGUUAUGACCUUGUGAUCACAAAUGUAACAUCAAACAGCAUUUUCUACCACAGUUCUUUCAUGCAUUUGUUUGCCAUUGUUGCCUCUUCCUGCAGCAGAACUGAGAUAUCUCUUUUAAAUCAUGCUUUUGUUGUUGACACAGUCUUGGCAGCUUCCAUUCAUUCGUGUCUGUUGGGGUUCCUUGGCCUGGGAUCAGCACAGAGUCUUCUUCUUAUUUAUAUGUAUUUUUAAUUUUAGUUGUUGGUUGUCAUGCCUUUACAUGACUGAACAUCCCUGUUUGAUCCUUGUAUAGGAUCGCACCAGUGGGCACUCGACAGAUGCUUUCAAGGUGCUUAACAUAACAAGAUUAUUUUAAGAAAUGGACAUUCCAAAGAGACUAAUUUAUAAUACAGAAAUGUUAAAAUUGACAUGCACAACAUUUUCAUAUCCAUAACAUGAACUGACUCACAAAAUAUCUAUCAAUCAUCCAUUCUCACCUACUCUUCUCGGGCCAGGUCUGAGUGCAGCAGACUGAGCUAGGUACUCCAGAUGUACCUCUCCUUAGCAACGCUUUCCAGUGCCUCCUGGAGGAUCCCAAGAUGUUCCUGGGUCAGAUGACAUUUAUCAUCCUGUCAGCGUUUUCUGGGUUGACUACAGGGCCUCCUACCAGUUGAAUAUGCCUGGCAAACCCCCAAACCACCUCAACUGGCCCCUUUCAUGAAAAAGCAGCAGCUCUACUCUGAUCUCCCUCUGGAUGUUCAAGCUUCUUACCCUAUCACUAAGGCUGAGCCCAGCCACCCUACAGAGGAACCUCAUUUCCACCGCUUGUAUUCACAAUCUCAUUCUUUCAGUCACUACCCAAAGCUCAUGGCCAUCGGUAAGGGGGUUCAUAGAUGGACCUGUAAUUUGAGAGCUUUGCCUUCCAGCUCAGCUCCCUCUUUGCCAUGGUAGUAUAGUGCAAUGCCCACAUCACUGUUGAUGCUGCACUAAACCGUCUGUCCAUCUCAUACUCUAUUUUACCCCCACUCAUGAACAAGACCCAGAGACACUUAAACCUCUAUACUAGGGGCAGGAACUCUCUCCCAACCAAGACAGGGCAAUCCACCAUUUUCCAGGGCAGAACUAUGGCCUCAGACUUGGAGGCACUUACUCUCUUCUUAUACAGUAAUUGCAUGGUUCAGUUUGCCAGAACUUCUUCGAGGCCAAUCAAAAAUCCUUCUCCAAAGCCCUUCCAACCUCCUCCCAGAACCAGGUUUUGGCUUUGGCAACUGGUAAAGUUGCCACCCUUCUGGCCAAUCGAUACUUAUCUGCUGCGUCAGGAGAGCCCUGAGCAAACUAAACCCAAAAGGCCUCCUUCAGGUGUCCACUAGCAGGUUAUUAGGUUGCUGCCAUGACAGGCACAACUUAAGCAGCCACCUCAGCAAUGGAGGUUUUGAGCAUGGCCCACUCUUAUUCCAUGUCCCCUAUGUCCCUGAGGAUGCACGAAAAAUUCUUCCUGGAUGUGGGAGUUGAAGACCUCAUGAAUAGGGGCCUCAUGGUGUUCUGUUACCAAUUACACCUAUGAAGCACCUUCUGUUCAAACAUGGUGUUCAUUAUGGCUAAUCCAUGACUAGCACAGAAGUCCAAUAAUCAAACACAACUCGGGUUCAGAUCAGGCAGAUUGUUUCUCCUAGUGAUCACUCUCCAGGUUUCUCUAUCGUUUGCUCAUAUGAGCAUUAUCGUCCCCCAGAAGAACUAUAGUGUCCUCAGUCGGUACCUUUCCAGGACACCACCCAGAGACUCCAAGAAGGCCUGGUGCUCCGAGCUGCUGUUUGGUGCAUAAGCAAGACCUCUUCUCAUGGAUUUGCAGUUGCAGGAGACCAUCUUGUUACCCAGGGAGAACUCCAACACAGUGACGCUCAGCCAGGAGUUUGUAAGUACUCUCACACCCACCCAGCACCUCUUAUCCUUGGCAUCUCCAAACACAGGUGAGAGUCCAGCCCCUCUCCAGGAGUUUGGUUCCAGGAUAUAAGCUACAGUUUAGGUUUAUGAAAACUUUUGCCUCUAUGAAAAUAUUUUUUUUACUGGUUGAAAUCUUUGGGCAGACAACAAGUUAAGUCAAGAAAAUGCACCUUUUUGAAAAGCAAAUGAGCAUGAAUGGCUGGACAUAAUUUAAAUGUAACUAAAUGUUUGGCGCGGGUUGGGUGCGGGUCUCUAAAUUUUGGAAGAUAAUUACGUCGGGUGGGUGGCGGGUGGAUGAUUGAUGAGUGCACGAGGAUUCGGGUGCGCUCAAACGCCAUCCGCACAUCUCUACCAGACAGGUAGUGUUUGACUGGGAUGACUAUGGGAAAUGAAGAACAGAAAUCACUGUUAUAAAAAAAUGUCUGUGUCUGAUACUGUGUAUCACAUAUUGUUCUUUAGGAGUGGGUGACGUCAGCAUAUCAACACAUUGCUGCCCCUCCUGCUGGAAUAAAGAUAUGAUGGAACAGCUGAUAGAUUAUGACACCAGAACCUCAGAGGAACCACCUUAUAAAGCAGAAGAAGAGAAGGAUUUCUCUGGUUCAGUCUUCAUUCCUGUACCUAUUCAGCUCCCGUGGUUUUUACAUCCAGGCAGCCAGUGAAGUUUGGCUCAGCAAACUAUCCGACAAGGAAUCUUCUAAACAGUCGAGCUGCAAUGAGG